AUGGCAAAUGUAACUGAUUUAGAUUAAAUAAUAGAAACAUUGAAAAAAUGUGAGUAUAUAAAAGAAAGUGAAGUAAAAAUUUUAUGCAAUAAAGCGAGAGAAAUAUUAGUCGAAGAAAGUAAUGUACAAAGAGUAGAUGCACCUGUUACAAUAUGUGGAGAUAUUCAUGGUUAAUUUUAUGAUCUAAUAGAACUUUUUACAGUUGGAGGAGAAUGUCCAGAUACAAAUUAUUUAUUUUUGGGGGAUUUUGUAGAUAGAGGUUAUCAUUCAGUAGAAACAUUUUUAUUAUUACUAGCAUUAAAAGUACUUUAUUUAAUAUAUCAAUAAAAAAUAAAAAAUAAAAAGGUUAGAUAUCCAGAUAGAAUGACAUUAGUCCGUGGAAAUCAUGAAAGUAGAUAAAUAACUUAAGUUUAUGGUUUUUAUGAUGAAUGUCUUAGAAAAUUUGGUUCUUUAAAUGUUUGGAGAUAUUGUACUGAAAUUUUUGAUUAUUUAUCUCUUUCAGCAAUUAUAGAAGAUAAAUUUUAUAGUGUCCAUGGAGGACUUUCACCUUUAAUAAAAACUUUGGAUGAUAUUAUAGUUAUUGAUAGAAAAUAAGAAGUACCUCAUGAUGGAGCUAUGUGUGAUUUAAUGUGGAGCGAUCCAGAUGAAAUCGAAGGUUGGGCUGUAAGUCCUAGAGGCGCUGGAUAUUUAUUUGGGUAAGAUGUUGUUGAAGAAUUUAAUAGACAUAAUAAUGUGGAAUUAAUUACUAGGUCACAUUAGUUGAUUAUGGAUGGAUUCAAAAAUAUGUUUAAUGAUUAACUUUCUACUGUAUGGUCUGCUCCUAACUAUUGUUAUAGAUGUGGAAAUAUUGCAGCUAUAUUAGAAUUAGAUGAAAAUCUAUAGAAGACAUUUAAAACUUUCGAAGCAGCUGAAUAGGAUAACAAAGGUAUAAUUGCAAAAAAAAAUAUACCUGAAUAUUUUCUAUGA